CCUCACCCCCUUCGGGACUCCGCCCCCGCCUUGCACCUGAUGGGGGCUUCGGCUGAACCGAGCGGGCGACGCGGGGCGGGGGGGGGGACGUUCCGCGGACCCUUCCCCGGGCGGCAGGGACGCGGCUCCAGCACCCGCCGAACCUGACGGAGAAACUUUUCGGCGAGUCGCUAACCUCCCUCUUUUUUUUUUUUUUCUCCCCCUCUUUCUCGCUCUUUUUUUCCUCCCUUUCUCUUCUUCCCCCCCCUCCCCCUCGCUCCUCUCCCCCCUCCGCCUUUUGUUUUCGCAGAUAGUCGGCACACAAAGCUGGUCCCAGACUUGCGCAACGGCGAGGCACCCUGAUGAGCCAGCCUGGGGAGCGCCAUGGAUUUGACUAAGAUGGGCAUGAUCCAGCUGCAGAACCCUUGCCACCCCACCGGGCUGCUGCACAAAGCCAACCAGAUGCGCCUGGCGGGGACGCUGUGCGACGUGGUCAUCAUGGUGGACAGCCAGGAGUUCCAUGCACACCGGACAGUGCUGGCUUGCACCAGCAAGAUGUUCGAGAUCCUCUUCCACCGCAACAGCCAGCAUUACACCUUGGACUUCCUCUCGCCAAAGACGUUCCAGCAGAUCCUGGAGUAUGCCUACACUGCUACCCUGCAGGCCAAGGUCGAAGACCUGGACGACCUGCUCUACGCUGCUGAGAUCCUGGAAAUCGAGUACCUGGAGGAGCAGUGCCUGAAGAUCCUGGAGACCAUCCAGGCCUCCGAGGAUAACGACACUGAGGGUGCCAUGGCUGAUGGAGGCACUGCCACCACUGAGGAAGAGGAGGAGAGGAAGUCGAGGUACAUCAAGGGCCUCUUCAUCUCCAAGCCCACCAACGAGGAGAGUGGCUACACUGGCAUGGCUGGCCAGAGCCUGCCGUUGGCCACAGCAGAGCAGAGUCCCUCCGCCUCUGCGUCCUUUGGCCCCCUCUCUGCCAUGAGCCCCACCAAGGCAGCAGUGGACAGUUUGAUGACCAUCGGGCAGUCACUGCUGCAGGGCGCCCUGCCAACCACUGCCCCCGAGGACUCACGCCCUGCUGCUGCCUGCCGUCCCCCUGGCCUCGGUGAGGUGAAAACUGAAGCCAUGCAGGUAGACGAGGCCUCCAGCCAUGACAGCCCCCAGGUGCCCGAGCCAGGAGCCUCUAGCGGGGAGAAGCCUGAUGAGAAGGGCAAGGAAGGUCCCGGCACCCCAACCCGUGGCAGUGUCAUCACCAGUGCCCGUGAACUGCACUAUGGGCGUGAGGAGGGGGUCGAGCUGCCCCCUGAGCCUGGCCAGCGGCUGCCACUGGGGCCUGAGACCCCUGCUGCCACAGAGAAGCCCCUGAGCAUCUACUCCCUGCUGCCCAACCACAAGACUGAGCCGGUGCUUGGCGUGCCGGCCUCGGUGGCAUCUGCCCUGCACGUGCCGCCGGCCCUGGCUGUCUCCAUGGACUUUGGCACCUACGGGGGGCUGCUUCCCCAGGGCUUCAUCCAGCGUGAGCUCUUCAGCAAGCUGGGGGAGCUGGCGGCUGGCAUGAAGCCGGAGAGCCGAGCCCCGGGUGAGCCAUGCAGCGUGUGCGGAGCAGAGCUGCCGGACAACGAGACCCUGGAGCAGCACCGGAAGCUGCACAGUGGGAUGAAGACGUACGGAUGUGAGCUGUGUGGGAAGCGCUUCCUGGACAGCUUGCGGCUGCGAAUGCACUUAUUGGCUCACUCAGGCUUGACAGAUUUUGUUUCCUGUCGAGCGGUGCGGCUGCGGAGCCCCCCCGGUUGCCAAGGAGCCGCCUCCCCGCACCAUCACGGCCUGAUUUGGUAUUCCGUGCAGCGCCCCGCCGCAUUUCUGUAUGCAAGACAAAGUGUUUUGAUGGAGGACGAUUGCAGGAGUGUCUGGAGGCUGUUUGGAGUUUUAUGGGCUGUGCAGCGCGCUCCCUGCUUGCUCGCUGCGCAGGGCUGCCGGGGCCGAGGGCUCUCGUUUUGUCCCUGCUGAGCAGAGGCUGCCAGAGGGAGCAGCACCCCAGGAUGGGGGCAAAGGGAUUGUGAUGUCAGAACUUGUCGUCUUUGGCUCCUGAGCUAAAAAUCUGAAUUUUUCACCCCCCUUUAUUUGUGUGGCGUGCGAGGCAGUGGCACCGGGCUGGCAGAGGUUGGGUAGUGGUGGUGACCCUCCCCUGAGAGCCCCUGAAUGACCCACUCCGUCAUUCCGGGUGCUUUUCUGAGCCUUCCCAGGGCGGCCUCAGGAUGCUCCAGGAGCAUCCUCCCAUGGGAGCCACCUCUCCUCCAGGUGGUGCCCCUGGCACUCAACUGGAGGCAGGGUGUAAGGGUGCAGGGGGGCUUGUCUUGUUCCUGGGCUGGGGUCUGUAUGGUGCUCAGCAGCCCCCCCUUACCUUCCAAACCCUUUUUCCCUAUAUUCUGUCAAUGUCUUUUGAUGGCAGGUUGGGAAGAAGGGAGGCCAGGUCAUUUUCCUUUCGAAAUCCAAGGCUGCUCUGCAGCUCUGUCAUUUUUCAGUCCUUCUUGGGUUUCUCUGUUGCAUUUUUUUAGCGCAAAGAUUUUCAUGACUGUCUCUUCCACUUGAGUGAAACAGAGGAGAAGGGAAAUAAUAAUAAUAAUAACAGCAAUAAUAAAAAUCAAAAAGCAGCUUGAUGUGGGCAAAAGAAGAAAACAAGAGAAUGGGGUAGAGAACAGGCUAAAUUUAAAAUUGUAAUUGGCUGACUUCCACAGGCUUGCGGGUGUUUUAAUGACUCAUAAUAACUUCAUUUAAAACCAGCUGAGCAGAAAAUAGAUUGGAGAGGAGCCUCAGGCCAUUAUGGAUUUGUUGUGUUUUUUUUUUUGACAAGCUCUGUUUUCGGCAGCCAGGAAGGCACUCGUGGAGGGCUCGGCUGCUUUGCUCUCCCGAGUUGGUGGUCUGCCCGACAGAGAUUGUAUAGAAACUGGGGCCGGUGUUUUUUUUUUUUUUUUUCCCCUGAUUAAAAAUAGAUGCCUUGAGGUAUUAUUUUAGCAUCACUGUGGUUUGGUGCUUUUUUUUUUCUUUGCACUUUUGAUGUGGUAAAUGGAACAUAAAUAAAAUUGUUUUUUGAAAUUACUGAAUUAAUUAGGUAGUAAAGUGACGACAGUGCAUAAAUUUUCUUGGCAAUUUUUUUUUUUAAUCCAUAUUUCCCCCCCUCCCCUUCUCGCCAAUUACAGCCUGUUAAUAAUAUACAAUCCCAAAUUUUUAUGAAUUCUCUGUGCUGGGGGAAGAAGGGGAAUAGAUGUGGCAUCGUACUGGCUGGGCCGUGGUGUUGAAACUGUGGUGGGGGAAGGGCUGGGGUGUUGCACCCCCACUGCCCUCUUCCUUGUGGGAAAUCACUGAUUUCCCAUCCUCUGGAGGAGGAGGAUGCCCACAGCUCCUCUCUUUCCUUUUCCCUUAUUUUUUUUCUGAGGGAAAAAGCUGUUGUUUUUGGAGCUCCUCUCCCUGCAGCCCCUUGGGCUCCCACCCCAGGGAAGAGUCUCUCCAGCUGGGGCUGGGACCUGCGUGUCAUUGGACAAAGCUUUAGGACAUGGUGGAAUCACUUGGGAAGGAGACAGAGGCGUUGGCUGCUCCUGCCACCCCCAUCCUGCAGGGAACAGGUGGGAGCCAGAGCCAGUGGGGGGCUGCAGCCCCAGUUAAGGGCAAAGCAGGGAGGCAGAGGUGCUUGUAGCCGGUUUGGGAUGUUUUACUACUUCCUACCAUCCCAAGUGCUAAAACUGGAGAGCCUGUUCCUCAUCCCCAAUAAAGUAAUUAAGGUGAACGGUUGUUGGGUUGAUAGUGGCUACAACAGGCGAGUGUAUCCAGACCCCCCAGUGAAGCCUGGCUUGUGGGGAGGGAGCUGCAGCCCUGCCUGCUCCCACCCAGCUGGGGGGAUGCUCAGGGGAUGCUUGCAGAGAUGCUCCAGGGAUGCUCACAGGGAUGCUUGCCAUGACUCUUUUAAUCAUCCCAUUUCCAAGAGCUGCUUUAAACCCCAGCAGUGCUGCUGGUCCUAGCCAUCUUUUUGCUACCCCUUGCAUUUCUUCUGGGGAGAAAUGAAGUAACGUGAGUCCUCCCCCUCUGUGCGGCUUCUCUCAGGGGCUCCAUUGUCCCCAGGCUUCGCUGACCUUGCAGCAGGGGGACACUGGGGCAGCAAUGACUGUGCAGAUAGUGCAGGGUGGAAAAAGCAUUGGCUCCUUCUCUCUUGGCUGCAGGGACCUGUGUUAGGCAGGGGCUAUAAAUUAGCUUGCAGUGAUAUAAAUGUACAUCAGGAGGUGGGUGCCAACUGCACAGCUCACACCAGAGCGCAGCCACUACUUGGUAGCACGCGGAGUCCUGUCCGUCCCCUCGGGAAGAUCAUCCCAAGAUAUCUAUAUACUGUAGGUGACACAAUGCACUCACUAAAAAUGCCCUCCCCAAACCAGUGCAUGUGUCCCAAGAGGGUGAUCAUUUGGACUGGUGUAGUUUACAGCAUGGAAAGAAGCAGGAGGGAGGGAAGAAAACUUUGCCACAGGCUCUGGAUGUGCCGCCUUCAAGCGCGUCCUGCUCCCUUUAAUAACAAACAUCGAGCUGUGGUGGUUUUUUCUGAGCCCUGUUAUAAUAAGCUCAGAUGUUGGAUGACAUUUUUCCCGGUGACUCACAUAGUAAAAUUAACCUUGAACUAUUUACAUAUGCAAUCGCCGCCCUCCUCCUCCUCCCCCUCUGCCGGCAUGUGUACGUUGCAGGAAUCCUGGCUCUGGAUCAGUUUUUGUUUUGCUGAUGAGAAAAAAAAAAAAAGAGAGAGAAAAAAAUUCCCCUGCCUGGAGUACACAUCUACUUGAGGGAAAGAACACGCAGUCCUGGCCUUUGGAAAUUGGCAGGCAGCGUGCUGUUCCCGCGCUGAUAAGAGGUACUGUAAAUAAAACUGUACGGCAGCGCCUGCUGUAAACUGCCCCGCGUCUGUACUCAUUGUUCUGACAGCUCCGGCUUUUUUUGGGGCCGCUGUUUUGGUACACGCUGUGCUUCCUUAUGUAAGCCAGCGCGCCCGGCUCCUCCCGCCGCUCGCCCUGUUUAUUUUCGCCUCACCAGGAAUUUUUUCUGUCCCCCCCAGCCAGAUGCCGGCUGCCUUUGCCCUUCCAUGCCGGGCUCCUGCAGCCCCUCCAUGCCCACACUGGGCUCUUGGGGGGCUCCAGCAGUGACUGUGGCACACUGCUCCCCCUUCAGAAAUGGGGAAAGACAGAGUAAACCCUGUGGUUAGCUCAACCCCAUUGCUGCCUGUCUCGUGGCCACCCUAAGCCCCCCAGUGCCACAUCCUGAGCAGGACCUGUUGCUGUAUCCUCAUGGAUUGACAGCGGUGGGGUGGAAGAGCUUCCUGCGGCGAUGGAGAGGCAUUGCCUUGGCAACUGCUGGCUGCACAUCACCCGUGCUGGGCUGAGGGCAGCACAGCUGUGGCCCCACUGUCCCGUCCCCAGGAUGCUCCAGCAUCUUCUCCCCGUCAUGGGUGGGCUCAGGCUCCCCUCCCUGCCACAGGUGAAGGGAGGGGACCUCCAGCAGUGUCUGUACCCACAGGAUGCUCUGCAUCCCCAAAGCAUCCCAGGUGGCACAUGCAGGGAAGGCACCCCACUGUCCUUCCCCAGUCACCCCAAUCCCCUUUUUUCAGUCUUUAUCCCCCCUGGACCAGCCAUGUGCCCAGUGCAUGCUCAGGUUGUUUUGAAUGCAAACCUGACAUCACGGCGAGGGCGGCAGAGAACAACAUAUGCACAGUAAACAGGCAGACUGUCGUAUUGAUUAACAGAUGAGACCUCUAUUAUCGAUCAACGCUUGGCGAGAAAAUUUAUCACUUUUAAUUUCGCCGCUGCCAAAUACUUCUGCCUGCGAGCCAGCAGUUAGUGAGACAAUUUAAAGGCGAAGGAAUUAUCUUUUUAAUGCAUGUCGUAAUACCUCUGUCUCUCCCCAUUGCACCUUUUUCUGAGUCCCACCCUGAUGGGCAGGUGGGAGGGGGUGGGAGAUGCUGUUUGGACCCCUGGGAAUGGGCAGCAGAAUGAUGCCUCCCCCACCAUCCCCCAGAGGCUGCUCAGCGUCUCACAACAGAUGAAUCAAACCUUGAAAUCUAAGAAAUGGGUCCGCAGCUUUGCCCCAGCAGCAGUGCUUCGGACGUGGUGUGUGUUGCUAAUCUGCUUUUACCUGGAAGUUCCUUAUCUGCUGCUGGGCAUCCUGUUUUUUUCCUCGCCUGAAUGAGCAGCACAUGUUGAUAGUGAUUUUCUAAGAACUCCCCCAAUACCGCAUCUCUUUCCGAUAGUCGAAGACUGCUCCGAGCUGCCUGCUCAAUCUGCCAUGCCUCCGAUUUGGCGCAUCCUUGGGUACCACCCCCAGGUACCAGCAAUGGCGCUGGGAAGGGGCAGGAAACCAUUUGCAAUUACAUUGGUUACAAUGCCUAUGAAACACAUCAAUGUUUAAUGAUUUACUUUUUUUUUUUAAGCCCAAAUAUUUUAUUUCUUCUUGGCCAGCAGCUCUUUACGGUGUGUUGUGUGAUGUGCAGGAGGGGGGCUGCAGGGCUUGGCACAGCGCUGCUGCUCCCAGCUGCGCAGGGGAUGCAGAACAUGACCCCCCAUUGCACAUCCCCUAAGGUUGGACGAUCCUGGUGGCUGUGGCAAUGCCCUCAGCACAGGUUGGGCCCCCUGAUAACCCUCCUCUCCCCUUUUUCU